AUUCCUUGAGGAAGAGAGCGUCGCCAGUCCUGUCCUGGAGAGCAGUGAUGGCGGUGCGUCUGUGGGUCUUUGUUUGGAUUCUCGUGCUCGGCCGGGCCCUGGGGAACUCAAGGGGUUCAUGUCGAGAAGCCGAAAUGUGCUGCUCGGGGAGGGAUGGGAGCUGCUUGGUGCAGCCUCUCUCCAUCGACCAGGGAAGACCCUGCUACUGUGACCAUGCAUGCCUUAGAGUUGGGGACUGCUGUCAUGAUUUUCAAGAAGUGUGUGGAGCUCUAGAUUGCCAGGUGUCUGAAUGGGGACCAUGGUCUGAGUGCAGCGCGAGUUGUGGCACCGGCACUAUGACCAGAAAGCGUCACGUGCUCGCUAAUGCCAAGAACGGAGGACGCAACUGCCCCGAGCUGUUGCAGAAAAGGAGCUGCUUCGGAGCCCACUGCGAGUCCAGAACCAGUGUCAAGGCCAACAGAGAAAUCGCAAUGAUCUUGCCGGCGACCUACGGAAGCAUCCGGCACUUGAAUGCCACUCAAGAUAUCCGCACCAACUUGCGCCUGAAAUACAAAAAGGAUCCGGAGGAGGAAAACAGCAAAGAGUACUGCGUGGUUUUCGAAGUUACCAAAUCCAAGAAGACGUGCGAGAGCCUGGGCAACGCAGUGUCUUCGGUGCUUGAGGUGGGGUCUAGAACAUGCGUAUCCUGUGAGAUGGCAGCCAUGAGAAAACACCUCGGUUAUAGAUGCCAGGGUCACGGGGUAGAGAACAAGCCAACCCGAUUCACAUACCUUGCCUUCCCCCAGUGUCACGGACGAUGGAAGAGGGUAGAAGUGUCCGAAAAAUGCUCCUGUCAUUCCGAGGGAAAAGCUGACUUCAUUUUUGUAUAAAUCUUCACUGUUUUUUUUGUAUAUUUUUGUAUAAAUCCUCUUAAGCAGUAAUUUUGACAAGCAUUGGCAUAUAAUUGGAAUAAUAAAACUUAAAAAUACGACUCUGGA